CCACAGGGGGACUAGAAAAUGCGGUCUUAUUCCGUCAUGACCAAGCAGCUCUUAUGUAACGGUUACAGGACACCCAGUGGCAGAUAAAGGCUCGCAUAAGUACACACUGUCUGUGUGUGUUUCAACAACUUGAUGGUGGAGUAAUAGCAGCAGCAACGAGAAAAUAAGUGCCUAGCUCAGCUGUGAAAAUGCAAUCCUUAUUUAUUCAGAACGGAAAGGAAACAGCAGAGCCUGUGAAAGCUCAAGUCAAAGGUUGUGUGCCCACAUGGCUACAGGGCACGCUGAUAAGGAAUGGGCCAGCUCUAUUUUCUCUGGGCGACUCGGAGUACAACCACUGGUUUGAUGGGAUGUCUCUCAUUCACAGCUUCACGUUCAAAGACGGUGAGGUGUUCUACAGAAGCAAGUUCCUGAAGAGCCACACCUAUAAGAGAAACAUUAAGGCUGACCGGAUUGUUGUCUCCGAGUUCGGCACCAUGGUCUAUCCUGACCCCUGCAAAAACAUCUUCUCCAGAGCAUUCACACAUCUCAGCAAUGUCAUUCCUGACUUUACCGACAACAACAUGAUUAACAUCAUCCGCUACGGUCAGGACUACUACGCUUCCUCGGAGAUCAACUACAUUAACCAAAUUGAUCCGGUUACUUUGGACACAGUUGAAAGGAUCAACUACAGGAAUCAUAUUACUGUCAACUUGGCAACGGCUCACCCUCACUAUGAUGAUGAAGGCAACACAUACAACAUGGGCACCACCAUCGUGGGUGUUGGUCCACCAAAGUAUGUCAUAUUUAAAGUCCCAGCUGAUGCUUCAGGUUCCGAGCAGAAGAAACCUGCCCUUCGGCAGCUGCAACAGGUCUGCUCGUUUCCCGUUCGCUCCAUGUUCUUCCCGAGCUACUUCCACAGCUUUGGCAUGACCGAGAACUUCAUCGUAUUCGUGGAGCAACCGUUCAAAGUGGAUGUUGUCAAACUGGCAACUGCCUAUUUCCGCGGCAUAAACUGGGGAAACUGUCUCAAGUUCGACAAGGACGACGCUACCUUCUUUCACCUAUUCAAUCGGAGGACAGGAAAGAGGCUUUCAACUCGUUUCUAUGGGGAACCCCUGGUGGUCUUUCAUCACAUUAAUGCCUACGAGAGUGAGGACCACGUGGUGUUUGACCUCAUUACUUAUAAGGACGCCAAUCUUUAUGAGAUGUUCUACAUGAAGAACCUGAGGAUGAAUACGAGUAGCUUCAUUGAGGCACACUCCAACUUGUCGCCGCCAGCGAGCCAGAGAUUUGUCCUACCGUUAAAUGUCAACAAGGACUCACCAAAAGGAGCCAACUUGGUGACUCUGGCAAACACGACUGCUACGGCAGUCAUGAAGGAAGACGGUCAAGUCUUCUGCCAGCCGCAAACUCUGUUCCAAGGUCUGGAGUUGCCAAACAUCAACUACAAGUUUAAUGGCAAGAAGUAUAGAUACUUCUACGGCUCCAAAGUGGACUGGUCUCCGCAGCCCAACAAGAUCAUCAAGUUUGACACUGUGGCCAUGACCCAUGUGGAAUGGCAACAGGACAACUGCUACCCAUCAGAACCUGUGUUUGUGUCAUCACCGAAGGCUGUGGAUGAAGAUGAUGGAGUGAUCUUGUCAUCAGUCAUCUCUCCGGACCCCAACACUUCACCCUUCAUGCUUGUGCUCGAUGCCAAAACGUUGAAGGAGCUGGCACGGGCCGCCAUUCCUGUCAGCGUUCACUUGGAUCUUCAUGGACUUUUCAUCCCCAACACCAACUGACAAAGUACUCAAACUUUAUACUUAGAAGUAGAUAUGCUUAAGAUAGGGGAAAAAAAAGGUCAGUAUUUGGUGUGACUACCAUUUGCCUCACAGUGUAAGUGCAACACUACUGCACAAGUGUGCCUUUGGCUGCCCACAAUUAUAGGCCGCUGUAAAAAAACAAUUAUACUACACAAUGUUUGAACAAUGUUUACCAAGUCAUCCGUUUCAUCACAACCACUUGUGUUUUAAAAGUAAUGCUGUGUUAUUAAAUGUACCCGAGUCACCUCGUUACCAUCCAUGUAGUUUAUUACUACUACUAUCCAAAAAAAAGGGCAGGGCAGGUAGCCAGGCCUCACCUUGCCCAUAGGGAAAGAAAACUGAAUUGGUAAUGUACAGAAUCAGACUCAGUAGUUGUGCAAACUUUACUUAAGGAGAGUAUUUACCAUCAUCGGUGUGCUAAACAGUUGGCCAGUGUCACCAAAAAGCUAAUAAAUUCAAAAAUACACACCAUAUUAGUAGUUUUUCAGAUUAGAGUAUUUUUGAAUGGCAUAAAAUGGUGGUUUUAUACUGGUACAAGACAAAAAAA